AAUAAAAAAUUCGCCGAAUAAAAUAUGUUUACUGCGUUAAACAAAAUAUCAUUACAUAUACAACAGGAUCGCGAAUAACUAAAGUAAAGAAUCUUCAUGAAGUUGAUGUAGCGAUUAAAGAAAUAUUAAAAUGGGUAGCUAAUGUAGUGGCUAACGAAGCGUUACCAGGGAUUUUUGACGCAAGGUCGCAUGCAAGAAAUCUGUAGUUGACCAACAAUGGAUCAUAAUUUAACAGUGCUUUUGCUAUCGCCCUUUAGUGAACUGUCGGGCAAUAGAGCAACUAUCAACAGAAUACGAGAUGGGCUUCGCAGGCAAUCGUUCAACUGCAUACUUGAAAGUCCGGAAUCCUUUCAAAACAAGGACGAUUUCAAUGACAUAAUAAAAAAGAACCACGUAUCAGUGGCGUUGGGUCUGCAUGCAUACAAGGCGGGGAAAUUGUUAAAAGACGGAAACUGCCCGUAUGUUCUGAUCCUAGGUGGUACCGAUAUAAACGAAGUUUCUAGAGACCAACAUAUCGUAAAGACCAUAGACAGUGCAAUUAAUAAAGCAAGUGGAAUUGUAGCGUUCAGUGAGGCUUUAAACGCAGUAUUACGACAUAAAUGGCCUCAUAUAUCAAGCGAGCGUCUGGUUGUUAUUCCACAAGCGGUGACCGUGUUUCCUAGUAACUCGUUCAAUAUCAAAGAAUACAUAAAGACCAAAUGUGUGACGUCAUUGUCUUGCGCAGUAGAUCAAACGGAAAGCCUCCCGGUGACCUGUGAUAUCGGUCGCAUAGAUAACGUCGAAGCUGGUAAAAUGAUAUUGUUGACGUUUGUUGGUGGAAUCCGCCCAGUGAAGAACCCAUUGCUAGCCAUUUCAUUUUUCACUGAAUGGAUAUCGCAAGAUCCAGUCAAUAGGAAACACGUGUUGCUAGUUUUUAUUGGGAAGGCACUUGACCUGGGUUACUAUGAGCGAUUUAUCCAGGCGAUCUCUCAGUGCCCCGGUGCUGUUUACAUACCCGGCCUGCCUUGCGAGGAAACGCACGCAGCUAUUCGCGAUAGUCGUCUACUGCUCAACACGUCCGACAGCGAGGGAAUGGCGCUGACUAUUUUGGAGGCUAUGGCGCUGGGGACGCCCGUGAUGGUGAGGAACAUUCCUGGAAAUACUGCCAUAGUCCAAGAUGGGAUCACUGGCUCCGUCUUUAAUAGUGUCCGUGAGUUUAUGGACACCCUCGACAAACUAGUGUUUGACAACCGUACCGCGGAGAUGUUCCGACGCCAAGGAGCGGAAUACGUCAACGUUAAUCACAAUGUGGCAGCUGAAGAGAAGUCUUAUGCCAAUAUACUCUACAAGGUUCUGAACAACUAGACUUAGUCACUAAUUUUAUCAGUUGCAAUGUACAUGUAUUUAUCAUACCACCACAUUGAUAUCUGCUGAUAUAACGUUGCCUGAUAUAUUUUUUUUUAUAUCAUUGUCAACAGGAAGUUCUUAUAUCACUCAUGUGUGGAGGAUUGUCAUAUUACUCUGAAUCAACUAUAAAGUAAUCAUUUUUAGUAAAAUCGAAUCAGAUUCAACUAGAAAUGGCGCGGCAGAGGCCGACGCGUAUCCCCACGCCGCAUGUUUGACCCAGGGGCGCCCCAGGGUUGGUAAUGGGGCCAUGCAUAGUUGAGAUUGACCGUAUUGUCAUAAGAGAAGUUCAGUAUCAAUUUGAAGUGAAUCGGUGUAGAAAUGAAGAAAUUAUAGUAAAAGACAAUUUUGGGUGGGUGUGGCCUAUUAUGGGCGGGGCGCCCCAGGGUUGGUAAUAGGGCCAUACAUAGUUGAGAUUGACCGUAUUGUCAUAAAAGAGGUUCAGUAUCAAUUUGAAGUGAAACGGUGUUGAAAUGAAGAAAUUAUAGUAAAAGGCAAUUUUGGGUGGGCGUGGCCUAUGUGGGCGGGGCGCCCCAGGGUUGGUAAUGGGGUCAUGCAUAGUUGAGAUUAACUGUAUUGUCAUAAGAGAGGUUCAGUAUCAAUUUGAAGUGAAUCUGUGUAGAAAUGAAGAAAUUGUAGUAAAAGGCAAUUUUGGGUGGGCGUGGCCUAUGUGGGCGGGGCGCCCCAGGGUUGGUUAUGGGGCCAUGCAUAGCUGAGAUUGACCGUAUUGUCAUAGGAGAGGUACAGUAUCAAUUUGAAGUGAACCGGUGUAGAAAUGAAGAAAUUAUAGUAAAAGGCAAUUUUGGGUGGGCGUGGCUUUUGUGGGCGUGGCCUAUGUGGGCGGGGUGCCCUAGGGUUGAUAAUGGGGCCAUGCAUAGCUGAGAUUGACCGUAUUUUCAUAAGAGAGGUUCAGUAUCAAUUUGAAGUGAAUCGGUGUAGAAAUGAAGAAAUUAUAGUAAAAGGCAAUUUUUGGUGGGCGUGGCCUAUGUGGCCCCAGGAUUGGUAAUGGGGCCAUGCAUAGUUGAGAUUGACCGUAUCGUCAUAAGAGAGGCUCAGUAUCAAUUUAAAGUAAAUCGGUGCAGAAAUGAAGAAGUAAAUGUAAAAUAACAUAAAAACAUGAGUGAAAAUCUCUGACCCAGCCCCGCCCCAACCCCCAUAACUUUUGACCCAGGGGUCAAAUCAAAAUUCCGUCACUGUCACCGUCGCUUAUAUGCUCAUAGCUACCAUGUAUGUAAGUUUUAAGGUUCUAGCGCUAAUAGUGUAGGAGGAGCAAGUGGCUAGGACGGACGGACGGACUGACGCACAUCACCACAAUAUCCCCACUUUUUCUCCGAAAAACGUGGGGAUCACAAAACAAACAUUUUGAUACCAAGAUGUAAUAUAUUUUUAACACAAAAUGCAACACAAACAGCAACAGACAUUUUGUGCUCAUGACAUCAUAAAAAACACGUCAAACAACAAAAGUUAUAUUUUUCUCACGCUAAAACAGCAGCUUUUUAGCGAUUUUUUCAUUAUUUCUUUAAAAUCAGGGACGAAGAGGUAUGCUAAACAGAAAAACAGGUUACUGCCUGAUCUUUUUGUAACAUAUCGGGCACGGCACGAAUAAAAUAACGGAUCGGCAUGCCUCGCCGUUAUAUUAUUCUAAGCCUUGCCUGAUAUAUUACAAGAAGGUAAGGCAGUUACCUGAUAUUCUCUAUUCAUUAAGCCGUGCUUUAUGUUUGGUGCCUUUUUGAUGUCGUUGAUAAAACGGAAUGUGUGUAUGUUCGAGUUCGACCGCAUACACCUGUGUUCAUGUGCAUAUAUGAGACGUGUUCUGAGAAAACUGGGCAUAAUGCAUGUGAGUUAAGUGUCGUCCCAGAUUAGCCUGUGCAGUCUGCACAGGCUAAUCAGGGACGACACUUUCCGCCUAAACUUGAUUUUGGGUAAGCAGGGACUUCCUUGAAAACUGGGCAUAAUGCAUGUGCGUAAAGUGUCGUCCCAGAUUAGCCUGUGCAGUCCGCACAGGCUAAUCAGGGACGACACUUUCCACUUGUAUGGUAUUUUUCGUUUAAAGGAAGUCCCUCCUUACCGAAAAUCUUGUUUAGGCGGAAAGUGUCGUCCCUGAUUAGCCUGUGUGGACUGUACAGGCUAAUCUGGGACGACACUUUACGCACAUGCAUUAUGUCCAGUUUUCUCAGAACGCGACCCAUAUAGUUAGUCCACAGUUUAUUGACGUUAACAUGUGUACAUUGAUACUUUUAGUUAUUAUACUGAUCGUAGUUAAAUGUGCACUGCUAUUAACUGGUAUAACUGUUGCAAUGUUACAUAAACAUAUUUUUAUAAUCACUAGUUACCGGUGUCACUUUAAUUGUUUCGUCCUGGAAAGGUUUUGCACAAUUACAUCGAAUGUGUUUAGCUCACUCAUUUUGGAUAAACAGAAAGUACAACUUAUUCACGAUAUUAGAUUUGCAUUCUUGGUAUUUUACUCUGACUGCAGUAUUAUGACAGUUGAGUCAUCUGAAAAAUAAUAGUAAAUUCUUUACAUCCCUGAUUAGCUAAUGUGCAAUGUAUUGAUUUGUUAUAAAUAUUACUAAAGUUUAAUUAAAAGUUUUGUAGAAAUGUCAUUAAAUUAUUAGUGAUAUUCACAGCGUUCAGAACGGUAAAAUUCUACAUUGCGCUUUUUGCUUUUUGUGAGCGUUCUAUGUUCGCUAUGUUUGCGUUCUUCUACGUGUGCAGUUUAGCAUAAUAAUUGUUGUAAUAAACUUGCUUUGGAAGAUGGAUACUAUAUUAUUUGUAUAUGCCGUUGUUACUCUUACUUAAGAACAAAGUAUUUUAGCCUUUUAUUUUAUAUAACCCAUCUCUAUAUAAAUACCACAUGUGUAAAAUUGUUCAUUUCAUAUUUUUAAAGAAUAAGAAAAACCAUCUAAAUAAUACUAUAAAAUAAAGGCCAUCACCAUUAGAUUAAACGUAUGCGGUUGGCCUGCAUUUGUGUUUAUGUGUAUUUAUAUUCUCAUUUGACUAUUUUAUGAAAUAAAAUGUUCUGUUGUUAUGCCUGUUUACGUAGCCGAAAAUGAUGUGUAUAUUAAGGUAUGAAGACGAUGUUCUUUUGUUUACGUCGGAAAAAAACGUCUAUAUGUUUGUCUUUCUGUCUAUAAUUGCGCGAGAUCAUUUGUGCGCGCUUUGACAAUUAAAUAGGGGGUGGGGGGGCGAAAAAUAUUUAUUCAGGGACCCUUAACUUUGAUUUUAUAGACGUGAUACCUAUUUUAUUUGAGUGUACUAAGUCCAUGCGGAUCUUAGGAAUAAAAAUAAUAUGUAAAUUAGAAAUUAAAAUAUAAAUAUACUCAUAUAAGAAAUUAAAACGCUAUUUAAGCCAGGUAGUCAAAUAAUUAUUAUUGUACUGUUAAAAUGCAUGCAUAUACUAGCAUAAUUGUUGAAUUUGUUGAUUUAUUUUAGCUUUUAUAACUAUCUGUUAAUUAUAGCUUAUUGUCAACAAAAUAAAUAUAGAAAUAUU